AUGCCUGUGGUAUUACAAACUGGAGCAAAACUUUCUGCACUUAAGGGAAUUGUACAUAGUCACCACCCAGAUGUUAUUCUAAUUCAGGAAGCUUUUGUUGGUAAUGCUCAGCCAAGGGAAGAAGCUCCCUCGCUCACUGGCUAUGUGUCCUACGUCCAUUUAGUAAGACAUGGCCUCAUCACCUAUAUACGCACUUCAAUUCAGCAUAGACCUCUCCCAAACUCUGAGGAUGAAGAUACAACAUUUCAAUUAUUUGAGAUUACUGUUGGCGGAGGCACCAUACGACUGUGCAAUGUAUAUGCAGCACCAGACAGUAUCAACCAUCAAACAAGCAUCGGUUCCAUGUGGCACCUCAUCAACAGGAUUGUGAAGAAGAAACUCCCAAGUGUCCUCCACCACAGCCCUGCUCAGUAUGCACAGGACCUUAUUGAUGAGUGGUCAGCACAGUCACGAACCAUCAACCUUCCAGCUCAUAUACAAGACUCUCUCUUCUCACAUAAAAACCAUCGUGCCUUACGUCUCAGUUCCGCCUUACUAAGCAGUGAUGAAGAGGAUGAUGUACCCAUAACUAAGGGAGAGCUACGACGUGCCUUAGCAAGGAUGAUAGAUUAUCUUUCCCCUGCACUAUGGCAACUCUCCAGAUCAACUCUACAGCCGCUUGAAAAAUUCCAGAAACAAGCAAUGAGAUUCAUUCUAGGUUGUCACGCAUCCACUAGAAUUGUAAACAUGCAACACGAACUCCGUCUCCCUCCACUCGUUGAGCGAAUAUACUCCAAUGUCACCUACUUCAGUAUCAAAUGCCUGUAUUACCCUCACCUGUCUCCUCACUAUUCAAACAUCAUCAGAACUUCUCUGGAUCUAGAUGCACCUCGUCCACAACUACGCCAGGGGGGACGUACACUAGUUAGUACUGUCUGUUCAAGCAUUCGGGGGCUUGACAUCAACAUCGUGGCAGAGAAUGUGGAUCAUGGCCUUGCACCCUGGCAGACUCCUGUGCCAGCAAUCUCUUACACUCCAGUCUCUAAGACUGACUUGCCUCAACUUCAACAACAACGUGCAUUGGAGACCAUCGACAGACUAUCCUCCUCCCUCAGUGUAGCCCAUCACCUCUACACAGACGGCUCCCUACAGCAGGAUGGCAGUGCUGGAUGUGCUGUUUUCUCCCCCACUUUGGAACCCCCGCCAGGGGGCUGGAUAGGCCGUCGCCUCCCAGAGUCAUCAAGCUCCACGUAUUGUGAACUACAUGGACUUCUAGAUGCAGUUAUUUUAAUCACACGGACCAGAAACAAUGGCUUGAUCAUCUGCGACUCGCAACCAGCACUCCAAGCCCUUUCAUCACAUAAGCCAGCAUACCAGCCCCUGUUACACAAAAUACAUAGGCAACUAGACAUGGCCAACAUGAGCUCACUGGUAGUGCACUUCCUAUGGAUUCCCUCUCACGUGGGUCUUCUGGCUAACAACACCGUUGACCAUCUCGCAAAGGCUGCCUGUCAGCUGGAUCCUCCAGAUGCUGAUGCUCCCAGUCCAUCUCUCUUGUGCUGCAGAAAAAUGGUGCGCCAAGCUGCUCGCUCACCUACUCAUCAUCGUAGUAAUGCCGAGAGAGCCACCAGUGUAUCAAUACAGCAUUAUGAUCACUUCUUUCCUCACCAACACAAGUAUCGCCGCAGAGGACUCAUGGUUCGUCAAAAUAACGUUGUUUGUGCGCGUCUUCGGCUGGGUUGGCGACCAGUUUGGCAGGUGGCUGAGCAAGAUGAAGUUCCUCACUUCUCCUCCUGUAGGUUAUUUGUGACGCACCCAACGCCAACACCCUGGAACACUAUUGCCUGGAAUGUCCACUUGUUAGUGACAUAUUACCCCAAAGACUCACAGUAG